AUAAAUACAUAAAAACAAAUUCAGACCAAAUACGUACAAUAUAGUUUUCUCUUGGGAGAAAAUGGAUGCAGAUAAUAAUGCCUCUAUGAAUUCCUUCAAAGGGGACGAGGCACGGUUGGAGAAAAUCUAAAUGUAACAUAUAUUUAGAAAUAUGUGCUACUCGGGAAUGACAGACGUGGAUCAAUUGCCCUAGACUCAUUGUUAAUCUAUAGAGUUCACAACCAUGCAGUGACGCUCAGGAAGGCCUUCCACGUUCUCUUUCGUUUGAGAGGCACGCGGGUGAGAAUUUGGGGGCUCAUAUUAGCCCAGCACAAACGCUCAUAAAGGAUCAGAGGAAAGCUUCAAUAAUCCAGACUUGAUACCUUCAGGCUCCUCCUCCUAUGCCAAUCCUCAUCCAUCCCUCUCUGUGUUUCCGACGUCCUUUUCAUCAUUCACUACGAAGUUAUAAUCUCAUUUACUAACAUCAUUUUUGAUACUGUAAAAUGUAUUUUCUCUCCUGAGCUUCUCACCAGUCAUUGUCAGUGCAGCUCAGCUCUUAUAUUUGCAAUCAUUUUUCCAGCCCUCACUUCUACCAAAAUAGCCCGCGUGUUACUCAUUUGACACACGCUUGAAGAUUUACUGUAUUACGCAACAUGUCCUGCUCAAGAUGCAGUACAUUUGAAUUCCAACGUUUACCCUGAACAAGUGAAUGUGGUGAGCAAAAGUCCCUCAUCAGACUGACUCAAUACUGGGUUGUCUCAUCCGUCCCAUCAAACACAGGUUUGGGCACAUCUAUAGUACCGUAAAUACAAAUGUAGUAGCCAUGUAGUUUCACCUUGCUUUCACAAAGUAUUGAUUGAGAAUAUUGUUUUCAAUUAAUAUCCGAAUGACCCCUUUGUACUGAUAAUUAACGAAAAUCGUGGCCAUGAAGUGCUUUGUAUUAAUUUCAGAAAAUGCACUCACUGCAAAAUAACAUAAUAUUAUUGUAAUGGUUUUUUUCCAUUCAGAAUGAAGAGUUGAUCAAUUGAAUUGAUCUGGUACGUUGUAAUUGAUGGCAUGCACAAGUAGCGACCCUAAAACCUUUACUAUUUUUAAUUGACUAAUAGGCUAACUAUAUAAUCCACCAUAUAAAAAUAAUUAAGGAUUAGGGAAUGAGUGAAUGAUUAAAAACACAACCUUGGUUAUUGUUGGAAACCAUGUUUUUUGUGCACAGUACUUUACAUGCAGCUCUGGAGGGGGCAAAAUAGAGGCGAAAUAUCAUUUUCUCUCAUUUUACUCUGAUUUACUCUGGUUUUUUUUUUUACUCUAUAAACGACUGAAAACUCCCAAAUCCCAAGUACUGUAUAAAUAUUGUCAUUUAGAACAUUUAGCUGCAGAACAUGAAAAUAUUCUAUAUGAAAACCCCCCCCCAGCUGUUUUUUGAGCUGCUAUUUUCUUUUUCAGCACUUUACAUUUAAAAUGAUUAUUUUAAUCUGUAUAGAUUGUUUGUAUAUACAUAUUAUCAUUUUCAAUAUGUUUUGCUUGUUAUUGUUUUUUCUUCCUCCCCAAGUUUGCCUUUGGAUCGUUUGGCUGUCUUGUUUUUGGUAGUUUUACGAGCGGACCGGCGUGUUCCUCCCUUGCUUUUAUUUCGAAAGUCCUUACCGGAAGCUACGCGUGGUCACCUUUGAGCGACUUUGACGGUCUGGACUGUGCUUCGCAGCUUUUCUCCGGAGAGAGGCUGCUGUCAUCAUGCAGGUGGAAUGUGCGCAGUUUAGCCACCGGUAGGAGACUCGUAAACCGGGAACGCUCGUGCGGAGCCCGCGGUCGCAGGCUUAGGCUCGCUUUCCGAUAUCUUUAGCAGCCAUGAGCACACGUUGAUGUGUCGGAUGCUGACACGUUUGUUUUUCUAGGCUUGCGCAGUCCGCCUGGGCUCAGCUGGGCUCGCGUGUGAUGCCGCACAGCGCUGAGGGAAGUCGCUCUCCAGACAGUUUGGCUCGGUAACAGUUAUUUUUGAAUCAGCGCUCGUUGGCCACGAUGGAUGAAGGAACUUCUUGCGACGGCACCCCGGAGUUGAGAGACAUAGAGGCGAAAAUCGGCCGGAAGACCCCCGAGGGUUUGCUCAGGUGGAUGCGGGAAGAGGCGUCCUCCCUCCGGGGAGAAGACAAAGUUGCCCCCGCCGCGCAGGAAAUCGCGAAGGAGACCGGGAAGAGGAGCCUGGAUGAAAAGAUAAGAAAACUGAAGACUGAGAUGGCACACUUGCGCUCGGUGGACAUAAAGAUCCUCCAGCAGUUCCUGGCUGUCCACGAGGGCAUCGAGGCCGUGAAAUGGUUGCUGGAGGAGCGCAGCACACUGACAAGCCGAUGCAGCAGCCUGACCAGCAGCCAGUACAGCCUGGGCGAGGGCCCCGACACCUCCUGGAGAGGCUCCUGGAGCAGCCUCCAUGACCCCCACGACAAGCUGGACAACAUUUCCAUCGGAAGUUACUUGGACACCCUGGCAGAUGAUAUGGAUGAAUACUGCCCCUCUAGCUCAGAGUCGGUCAUCUGCUCUUCCACGCCACAGGUCUCCGAGGCUACUGCCGGGUGCCGGACAGCGGACGUUUCCGCAGCCGUGGUCUCUGCUAGUGCGACUGGGGAGAAGCCCGGGGCUAAUACAGGGAUUGGGAAUGGAGUUGUAAUGGGAAGUCGGUCUAGAUCAAAUGAGAACGCCACUAGAAAAGUGAUUGUCAGCGAUGUCAAUGGGAAUGGGCUAGUCGAGAGUGAAAAGGGAAAACCAUCAGUUCCUAACGACGUUCCUGAAGCUCAGCCUGAUACCAAGCAAGAUGAAGUAGUUUGCACUAACGUGGCAGAGGCAGGCCUGGUUUCUUUGAACAAUAGCCAGACCCAGUCCGUCAAGGCCAACGGGAACCUAGAGAAGACAAUCACACCAACAGGCGGCCACGCUCGGAUUGCUCUCAAUGAAAAACUGGGCAAGAAACAGAGCCCCAAACGUAAACCUUACAAAAAUGGAAACAUUGACUUGGAUACUUGCAAGCUAAAUGGCAAAAUGCAUCUGGAAUAUGACGCUCACUGGCGGUGGGUGCAAUCACAAGAAGAUGUGACGUUUUUGUGAAACUACUGACCAGCCGACCGUUUACUUCUGGUGAUGUCUAGAAAGGGCCAGUGGGUUUCUACAAGAUGAACUCCAAAGGAGGAAAAAAAACAUUUUAUUUUUACUUGCACAAAUAACACUUUGGUCUCAAUUGGAUCAAUACACAUUAAGGGAUUUCGAUGAUUUUCAGUCAAACAGUAUUAGGUUACUCUCCUAUGAAUCUAAAAGCCUGUACAAAAGAGCUUUGUCAGGUGCUAUCUUAGCAUUGUCUCUUUUAGUUUAUAUUUCCCUCCCAAGCACAUUGAGAUGAUUUACAGAACAUCAACCUAUUUAUAAACAAAUGUGAUUUUAUCCUUGACUGUCUUCAUUUGUACAACUUCGUAAUUAGCGCCACAACAACAAUUUCUCACCUUUGGGCUGACGCUGGCUAUACUCUUUGGAUAGACGUAGUUUAUUCUAUUCAGACCACUGCGAGUGUCUCGAUCAAGUAUCCAAACCAUGUCAGCGGAGGAAAAAAAUAUAAAGUACGUUUGGGUCACUCAAUUAUUUACUGUAAGUGUGUAUACAGUACAACUGAAAUCUUACAUCGGUUACACGCUACUUGCUGUUAACGAGUGAAACACAUGUACUCCAAUAAUGUGUUAUGAUCUGUGAGCAUGUUUGUGUCAAAGACCUCGUUACCCGAGCUAAAAGCAGACGGCGUUCCCCUCGUUGUCUAUCCUACGUAUACACGAUAUGCAAUGUGGUGUCUUAUGUGACGCUAAAAGCCUCAGUGCGGACCCUAUCGUCUCCCGUCUGUUGAUGUCACAGUACAGCUACUCUGUACCCGCUCACGGCUGGUUGUAGGUGCAUUUUGCGUAUGCCUUCUUUUGGAGACCCAAAUGUUGACCUAAUGACUUCUUUAUCCUAAGCGGAUUUGUGCCUGAUUGAUGAAAACUAAAUAUAUUGUUCAGUUAUGUGCUUGGCCUGCUCUUUCCCUCUCGAGGUGGAUGCACUGUUGUUAUGCCGGUGUCAGGUUAUCGGUGUAUUUUUGCCUGCUCCUGCCUUCCGCUUGUGUGUAUAAAAGGCUAGACUAUCAGUGUAUGUGUGUUCUCUCUGAUCGAAACUGUGUGCACGUGUAAGAAAAUGAGCGCGUAUGUCAGAUUUACAUCUGUCAUAGUGGUAGCUCUUCAAGGAAAAAGCCAUUAAAUUCUGGUCUGG